GUCCUGGUGUUAUAAGGGGCGAGCUUUUAAAAUCCACAGACGACUGUGGACACACAUCUAUUGUAGUCCGAUAGCCAUUCUACAUUCAACCUCAGCUGGUUAAUAUGAAAUCUCUACGGACAAUUACACGGACCAGUGGUAUUUCCAGCUAAGAAUAGUGUGUUGUCUUGACCAGUGUUUGGAGACAGUGAGUCCGACUGGUAGCAUUUUAAUCGUUUUGAGGCCAGGUGUCAUUUCUCUAACAGUGUUACAUGAGUAGCUUUAACGGGUCAUGCUAAAUAAUAUAACAGUAGUGUGAUUUAUCGUGCGUGGAUUAUAACAAAGGUGCUUUACCUGGAUGGUGUAAUUAAUUACCGGGAGAAAGGGAAGGACAGUUUCUGUAACGUACCGGAUACCCGGACACUGAGCCCAGAAACAUUCGUUCGUAGUUGGCGUUGAUAGCUACUCAAUCCCAUUUGUGUUCCGAAUUUUCAAGGACUGUAGACAGAUACACUUUGGGAUAUUUCUUGGUUUUCUCUGUAUAUAUCGGUUAACUGUCCAAACAAACGGCUAUCACCUGGGUCUGGAUCUGUACGUCGGGUUAACAUGAGCGAACAAAAGCAGGAACAAGUCAAAACGGCGGCCACUCCAGCCAAGCCUAAGGGAAAGAAAAAAGAAAGAAACCUCGACGCAGAGAUCAAAGAACUAUUCAAUGCGUUUGACGAGGACAAUAGUAACUCAAUAUCUCUCGGUGAACUGAGGAAAGCUAUGAACUUCAUGGGUUUGUCUCCAACACGGAAAGAAGUCAAGGCGGCCAUGGAUAACCUUGACAAGAACGGUAAUGGUAAAAUUGAACUGAAAGAGUUCAAAAAAUUUAUCAAAGUUGAAAUGGAGAAGAACCCCGGCUCUAUGGAUACAGAGGCUUCUAUACGCUCUGCCUUUAAGGUCUUUGACAGAGAUGGGAACGGCUAUAUCGACGGGAAGGAACUCAAGUACGCUAUGAAACGACUGGGUGAAAGUAUGAAUGAUGCCGAAAUAGCGGAAAUGUUACACGAAGCCGAUGUUGACGGGGAUGGCAGGAUAAACUAUGAAGAAUUUGUGAAGAUAUGGAGUGAAACGUUAUAAAGAAGGCCUAUAACAGCCGGGCUUUUCACUGAAAAUUCGGCGUCGUCAAACAACCGAUUAUUCCGUCCACAUUGGUACAGGAGGAUUACCAUAAAUAAAUGUAGCGUCGACAGCAUGGGAGACAACCCGAUUAUCUCCCUUUAUUACAAUAAUGCCUGCUGAAUCACACUGGGUACUCUUGUGUUAAAUGAUAUUUCCCAGAUUUUAUCCUUUAAUCCUUGUGUUAUCCGUAACCUUUGCUGUCUUUGUGUUGUUUAUAUGAUAUGAAGGUCGAAUUUUUUGACUCUGCUCAUUAGUGUGCCUUGCGGUGGUUUGGCACUUCCUGGGUAGUUGAUGUGAGGACGUGACAUAACUUGGAGGUGACCUAGAUAUACUUGACAGGUGUUGUCGAUGAAGUAGAAGAAGCUGUCCCUUCCGGAACGCCUGUUCUUAUCCUCUUUGUACUUUUUCAUGGGUCUCCGUGUAAACCUUUUCUUUGUUCAUUAUUCGCCCUCGUUUUAUCGAUUUUGAGUUCGAACUAUGAUUUUGUGGACACUUCAGUCUUCUCCUGUUGAAUACAGUCCUAUGUUGAACAGGAGAAUAAUCGUCACACUCUCCCUUUUUACUAAGCCAACGAUUGCUGUGAUAAACAUUUGUGUACAAUAUUGAGAUAGAUAUAUAUAAAGGAAGGCUCUACACUAAAUAAGAGAAAGGAAAGAGAAAUGAGGGAAUGCACUCUUUUCAAUUUAGAAAUAAUCAACGUAUGUGCGAGUACUAUGGUAGAAUAAUAUAUAAAGAAAUAGAGAAAAUAUUUGAAAAAAAAUAACUGAAGCAAAUUAUUUUUUCAACAUUUUCGAAUCCCGAAUUAUAUAUUCCACUAUAAUAUAUAAGCAUAUGGGAUGAUAUCUUUACUACGAAGUAAAAAGUAACUAAAAUCUUUUUCUUGCCCAAGCAAGGUGACCUAGAUAUGAUCUAGUUUGAAUUAGGCUGUUCUUUUGCCCGUUUUCACAUUUGUCACGUGAGGCCUAUAUGUCUUCAUGUUACAACAAGCGUCGCGUUUUUAUCAUUUCUGACCAUAUGUGCAGUUCCAUUUAACCUGGAUAUAUAUAUUUCGGAAGGCCUCUAAACAUUUUCUCCAGGUUGGUAAGUAUGGAUUAUGAGAAGUUCUUUUUACACAACUAAUACCCAUACAGCAAAAAUCUUUGUGUGCAUACGCUUCACUGGUCAUUUGUCUGAUGAAGGUGACAGUGUACAUAUCGUACUAGUCAUCGAAAGUUUAUUGGUUGUGUAAAAAGUUCUUCUCAUAAUAAAUUUAUUUGGGAAGGAUUUUUUUAAGUCGACAUUCGUUAGACAGACGAUAAACAAUAAACACUGACGUCAUCCUUCAUGUCAGAUGUUUAUUUCAAUCAAUCAAAUCCACCAAUCUAUCGACCUUGCUCGUCAACACAUGAAAUCAACAUCUGACAGACUUACCGACAGUAUUUCUGGUCACUCUCGCGGUACCAUUCAGACCAUGAGUGCUUGACAGGUUUUGAUUAGAUCUGGAGGUAGAAAAAUUGUGUCCUCUAGCAAAUGUUCAAAUAAAUACCAAAUUAAAUGCGGGUAUCCUCAUUCGACAAAUGAAGCCAUUUUUUCUUUCAAUACAGCCGCUUGUUUCUUUCACAGAAUGAUGUCGAUUUGAAUAUUUUUCAGAAAUUUUAUAAUAAAAAAAAAUGGCGAGUAAGGUGACCUGUCAGUAUCCAGUAUGAUAUUGUAUCGGACGACGUCUUUAUGUACGUGAUCAGCUGCACGACCUUGGAGAGUAUUAAAGCAAUGCCUUUGAUAUCGUAUUUUAUUACUUUACAGUAAUGAACGUUAAUGUGUUAUGUUUAUAAGAAUAUGUGAUAUAUUUAUGUAUAUUUUUCAAAGUUCAUUAGUUUAUUUGUCCAGAACAAUUCCUGUGAUAUAUUUAAGGGUCAUUAUAUUAUCUUCAUUGUUCGAAACUAGAAAUACCUAUCGUGUAAAUCUUGUGUUAUACACAUACAUACGCAGUCAAUAUUCGGUGUGAUGUUAACCCUGUUUAUGUUUUAUGUACCAUGCUCUUCAUUAUGUUGGUCUUAUUUUUGGUUUAAGGUAUUAAGUAAUUAAAUUCCACAUUGGUUAUAAGAUCAUCUUUUUAGGAAAAUGUUAAUGAUAUGAAAUGAAUGUUCAUUUAAAAUUUGCUCAGAGUAAUUGUUUCGUCUCAUAAUAGUGCGUCAUCAGUUAAUCAAUAAAAACGUCAUCAGUGCAAUGCGUCUUCUUUUCGUUAACGAGGACUGAAAUGAGUACAGAAUUAGUUAUCGUCACCAAUUGAUGAAGCGUUUUACCCAAACCCUGACUCAAGAAUGGGUACGUUCGUCCGUCCUGAUUUGUAUUUUUAAUAGCUUUUUGCCGAAUAGAAUGGAAUAUAAUAGCGUGUUACGGCGAUCUUAUUGAAGGAACAAAGUGUGCUGCUUGACACAAUAUAAAUUUGUACAUGUUAGAUGUGAUGAAGUUGUUCUGCUUACUAUCAAAUCAUAAAUUUUACCAAAAAUCACAUAUUAUGUAAAAUUGGUAUGUUUGAUUGACCUCGGUUAAAGAAACGAGCACACGGACAUAUCAUUUCAUUGUGGGGUUUUUUCAUAUCGUCUUUACAAUAAGAAAUGGCUCAAAAAGUUAGUCAGUUAAAAAACUUAUUACAAGAGCAAAUCCUAAUUUUGACUUUUCACAAAAGCAGAUCCUUGCCAGUGCAUGGUUUUCUGUGCCUUUCAUUACCUAUUGUUAUUGCAUUGCUGAAUUUUAAAUCGGUACCCAUCUUUGAACGUUAACGUUAAUCAUAUGUCUUUGCCUGCCACUCAGAAAACAAAGAAACUAUCCUUACAGCAUUUGAUGACGUAUCCAUCAUCACGUUGAAAUAAAACAACUUAUAACG